CAGCUGUCCCUCACUCGGUCGGGAUUUCUGAACCACGGGAGAAUCACCGGAAAGGCUUUUGGUGAUAAACCGCCGCAUUUUGGGAGAAUACAUCACAAUUUAUGGUUACACAGACACACAGAGAGUUACUUUCUAGAGCUUUUAAAGAUGGAAGCUGAACUAUGAGGCGUUGUGUAUUUGCUGAAGACUGAGUGAACCAUGGCACAGUUCCCGACUGCUUUCACAGGACAAGACGUGUUUCUGAUCACUCCGGAUGAAAGAGCCAAACAUGAUCAGCAGUUUCACGGUCUCGCUCCGUCUGCUGGGGGUUACAUAACAGGUGACCAGGCUAAAAACUUUUUCCUUCAGUCAGGGCUGCCCCCGCCCAUCCUGGCCCAAAUAUGGGCUUUGGCUGAUAUGAACAGCGAUGGCCGAAUGGAUAUCCACGAGUUCUCCAUUGCCAUGAAACUCAUCAAACUGAAGCUACAGGGUCACCCUCUGCCACCAACGCUUCCUCCCAGCAUGAAGCAGCCGCCGCCACUUUCCUUACCCCCACAGGCCAGCUUUGGCAUGCCCCCUAUGGCACCCAUUCCGACCCCCAUUCCAGCCCCCCUCCCAGUUGUGCCCCCGCUCCCUCUUCCUCCUCUUCCCGUUGGGGUGUCUCCUCCUCUUGUCUCUUCGGCUCCUCCGCCCCUUCCUCCACCCAUCGCCAACGGAGCUCCUCCCACAGCUAUGAUGCCGCCCAUCUCAGGCUUCCCCCAUUCAGCUCCCUCUGUGAACAAGACCUCUUCGUUCAAUCGUUCCAGCACCAAGCUGCAGAAGGGCUCGUCGUUUGAUGUUGCAGGUACUCAGCCUCCCUCUGAUUGGGCAGUUCCUCAGUCCUCCAGACUAAAGUACAGGCAGCUUUUUAACUCCCAUGAUAAGAUGAUGAGCGGAUACCUCACCGGACCGCAGGCUCGCACUAUUCUGAUGCAAUCCAGCCUUCCUCAGAGCCAGUUAGCCACGAUCUGGAGUCUGUCAGACAUUGAUCAGGAUGGGAAGCUAACAGCGGAGGAGUUCAUCUUGGCUAUGCACCUCAUAGACAUGGCCAUGUCAGGGUUACCACUGCCUCCAGUGUUACCAGCAGAUUACAUCCCGCCAACCUUCAGGCGUGUACGGAGUGACAGCGUCCAGUCAGACCAGAAGAGUGUCCCGGAGGAGACUGAGGAAGAGAACGAGAUCAACCUGGAGAAGAAACUACCAGUGACAUUUGAGGACAAGAAGAGGGAGAACUUUGAAAGAGGAAACCUGGAGCUGGAGAAAAGACGCCAGGCUCUCCAGGAGCAGCAGAGGAAAGAGCAGGAGCGGCUGGCAGCACUGGAGAGGGAGGAACAGGAGAGGAAGGAGCGCGAGCGUCUGGAACAGGAGAGGAGGCGACAACAGGAGCUAGAGAAGCAGUUGGAGAGGCAGCGAGAGCUGGAGAGGCAAAGAGAAGAAGAACGGCGCAAAGAGAUAGAAAGGAGAGAGGCAGCUAAGCGGGAACUGGAGCGCCAGCGUCAGUUGGAGUGGGAGCGGCAGCGUCGCCAGGAGCUCCUAACGCAAAGAAACCGAGAACAAGAAAGUAUAGUGCUGCUCAAAGCCCGGAAGAAGACGCUGGAGUUUGAACUGGAGGCUCUGAAUGAUAAGAAGAACCAGCUGGAAGGUAAACUGAAGGAUGUUCGGUUUCGUCUUUCAACUCAGCGGAGAGAGAUGGAGCAGACCAAUCAGACGAGAGAGACACGCAUCGCUGAAAUCACACAGCUUCAGCAGCAGCUUCAGGACUCUCAACAGUGGCUGGGGAGGCUCAUUCCUGACAAGCAGAAUCUGAAUGAGCAGUUAAAGCAGGUCCAGCAGAACAGUUUGCACCGUGACAGCUUGUCAUCGCUGCAGAAAGCCAUUGAGCAAAAGGAGAAUAGCAGGCAGCAGCUCAAAGAGCAGCUGGAUUCAGUGGAGAGAGAGACCAGAGCUAAACUGUUGGAAAUAGACGCCUUCAACACACAGCUGAAGGAACUGCGGGAGAUUCACAGCCGGCAGCAGAGGCAGAAGCAGAAGGAGUUGGAGGGAGGCGCUCAGUCACUCUCCCAACCUUACAUACAAACGGCAAUCGAAAGGAAGUCUGCCGAGCUGCAGGAGGAAGGGUCAUCGUCAAAGGAAGGAGUGGCCUGGCGGGGAGAAACGGGAAGCUCUGCCCCUAAAGUUCCUAGCCCUGCUUCCGUGUCUGCAUCACACGCCUGGCUAAACAGAGUCACUCAGGAGGAAGAGGAGAGGAAGAGGAGAGGGAUGGAGGAGGAAGAGGAAGGCAGGAAGGGGGCCGGCUCAGUGGAAGAGAAGGAUGUGGAGAGCAGAGGAAAGAAGGACAUGCAGGACAAACUGAACAAGCUGUUCAGCCAGCCAGCUGACCCCUGGGUUUCAGCAGUAGACAAGGUUCCUGGCCCAAGUCUGUUUGACCAGAAAGCUUCUGCCAGUGGCUUCGAGCAACAAAAACAGCAGAAGCCAGUGAAGGUGGUCUACUACAGGGCUCUGUAUCCAUUCGAUGCUCGUAGUCACGAUGAGAUCAGCAUCCAGCCUGGUGAUGUCAUCAUGGUGAAGGGGGAAUGGGUGGAUGAGUCUCAAACUGGGGAGCCUGGGUGGCUGGGGGGUGAGCUCAGAGGCAGAACCGGUUGGUUCCCAGCUAAUUAUGCAGAGCGGAUACCUGAAAGCGAAGCACCAGUCAGCUUGCGGCCUUCGUCUUCGGCCACACCCCCGUCGACCCAGCAGCCAAUGGCCACUCCCCCUUCAGCCACCGGACACACCUCCACCUCAACAUCUUCUGCUAACAGCAACUGGGCCGACUUCAGCACCACUUGGCCGUCCAGCACAGCGAGCCAGUCAGACAGUGAGGGAUGGGACGCCUGGCCUACCUCCUCAGCCAAUCAGAAUCCCUCUCUCAGCGUUCCAUCAGCACAGUUACGGCAACGCUCCGCCUUCACGCCUGCCACGAUGACGACAGGCUCCUCACCUUCUCCUGUACUAGGACAGGGGGAGAAGGUGGAGGGACUUCAGGCCCAGGCCUUGUAUCCUUGGAGAGCCAAGAAGGACAACCACCUCAACUUCAACAAAAAUGAGAUCAUAACAGUGCUGGAGCAGCAGGACAUGUGGUGGCUAGGUGAGCUUCAGAACGGACAAAGAGGCUGGUUCCCCAAAAGUUACGUCAAGCUCAUCUCGGCCAACAUGACGAUUCCCUCUGCUGCUGCUGCUGCUGCUGCUGCUGCUGCUGCUGCUGCUGCUGCUGCAGCUGCAGUCCGCAGCAAAAACACUAAUGAAGCUGGAAUAUCGGAGAGUCCGCCCAAUGGGAAACGACCCUCAUCCUCUCCAGCAAAAUCUUCCGAAUCUGGAGAAGAAUAUGUGGCCAUGUACACCUAUGAGAGCAAUGAACAGGGGGACCUUAGUUUCCAGCUAGGAGACAUCGUCGUGGUGACCAGGAAAGAAGGGGAUUGGUGGACGGGCAUGGUGGGGGGAAAGACUGGAGUCUUUCCUUCCAACUACGUCAAACCACGUGACUCAGUGCCAGAGUCCCUGGGACCAGCAGGGAAGACGGGAAGUCUGGGGAAGAAACCAGAGAUCGCUCAGGUGAUCGCUGCUUACACUGCAACGGGCGCAGAGCAGCUGACAUUAGCACCGGGACAGCUCAUCCUCAUCAGGAAGAAGAAUCCCGGGGGCUGGUGGGAGGGCGAGCUGCAGGCUCGGGGGAAAAAGCGGCAGAUUGGUUGGUUCCCAGCCAAUUAUGUGAAGCUUCUGAGUCCCAGCACCAGCAAGACCACUCCCACAGAGCCCACCCCUCCUAAACUGGCUCCUGCCAGCACAGCUCUGUGUCAGGUGAUCGGCAUGUAUGACUAUGUGGCCCAGAACGACGACGAGCUGGCCUUCCAAAAGGGCCAGGUGAUCAACGUGCUCAACAAGGACGACUGUGAUUGGUGGAAAGGAGAACUGAACGGGAGGGAGGGCCUGUUUCCUAGCAACUAUGUCAAACUGACGACAGACACAGACCCAAGCACGCAGUGAUCAUAUCAUUACCCAGAACCCCCCUCUCCUCAAAGCCCUCAAAGAGACCCACUAGGCCACGCCCACUAGGCCACUCUACCAAUGGGACAGCAGCGAGAGGUCACAUGACCCGGACAUGGCGCCUCUCCACCUGUAGAAGCCAGAGACAGGCAGACACACAGACAGACUGUAACGUUAAAAAACGAACACGCCCUGAACUCUUUGUCUAUGCAUGGUUCUGACCGGACUUGGCCAAACUCUCCAAACGGCACGCUUCGCCAGGAAGGGAGAUCAGUAGUCAGCACUCCUUCUGCUCCUCCUCUUCCUUUCUUGCUUUUCAUCUCUUUCUGGUUCAUCUGGCUAGAGGUUUCGAUUGGGAAUGAAGGGAGAAGAGGAGGGGAACUUGUUGAGCUCCUCCCCUUUUUAAGAUUGGACUAAUGAACAUGUCUUUACUGGAUCACAGUGACUGUAUACACACACACAUACUCACACACACACACAGAGCCUUGUGGCAGCAGGGUGGAUAGUGGAUAGUGGGUCAUUUUGUGGCUUUAUGGGAGAUUUAGUCAUUAGUCAUUCACUCAGCUCAUUCCUAUCUCUUUUUUUUCUUUGUUUGUUUUGUUUUGACCCUGCUACCAUCGCUUUAGUCACAUGUCAGUCAAAGGUUCUGGCUCCCCUCCCUCACUAACCCUCCCCUCCCUACCCCUCCCACAGCUUCACAGAAAGACCCACUAUCUGCUGGAGGACAAGUCUCAGAGUUAAACUGUCUCCUCUCCUCAAUGCCAAAGAUUCCCUUCCUCUUCUCUUGCCUCUUUCUUCCUCCCCCUCCCCACCCUGCUCUAAGGGAGAAGAGAAGUACUGAUGGCAGCAGACGGUUAAAGGGAUAGUUGAGAAUUCCAGUUCUAUUAAAACACUAUAGACGGGUAAUAACUUACCUCCAAUAGAUCAGUUUUCUCUCAGUCUUUGUUUAGUAUGAAUUAUGUAGUUGGUCCUGGAGGCUGAAAACAGGUUCAUUUUAUGAGCCUUUAUAUGUUGUUUGCAUUGAGUAUUUAUUUACACACAAACCGAUUAUACAAGAAACGGAGACCGCAAGAGCAUGCUUGGAGCAUGCUCUGAAAAUGGAAAACAUUCCGUGCUUAAUGUAAAAGUAAUUCAUCUUAAAAAUCAAUAAAAUCAUGUUUAUUUAAACGUGUUGCACGUAUGUCCGCAGGUUACGGUUUGUGUUUCCACGGGAAGAUCAUUGGUGGCGCACUCCCUCCUACCUUCUUUUUUUGUGUGUAAAUAAUCACUUGGCUUUGUGUGAGCAACCAUCCAAAUCAAAAAUGACUGGCAUAAAAGCUCAUAAAAUAAAUCACUUAGGUCUUAACCCAUCUCGGUCUAGCUGUAGGCUUCGAAAAUCAACUAAUCUGAUUUUGUACUAAAUUAAGACGAGUUAUUUAUUGCAAAUAAAAGAUAAAAUUCUUGCCUAUCUUAGAAAUUGCUGAACUAUCCCCUUAAAUCUUACGCUGCAGUGCUGCUUGCCUUCUGGCGGGAAAGGGGACGAGCGACCGGAGUGGAGCUGAAGUUCCUCUGCAACCAAAUUACAAAAACAGCCUGAUACACAGAACACAGCCACACACAACUCACAGCAGAUAUGUUUUAAUGUGUAGAACUUUACCAUUCUGACUGUGUAUUAACUUCAAAUGAUCCAUUAAUGUUUGAUGUUUUGUUUACAUUAUUAUUGUUUUGUCUGUUGCUAUGUCGAUGGGAGACAUUCACGCAAUAAUGAGCUAGACCAAGAUAAGGACACCGUGAUGACAUGCAGGUGGAUUUGAUAUUAGGGGUGCAGUGGUUGUGCAGCGGCUGCUUUCAGAUGUCCAAAUCAUUCCAAUGAAAGAAGUCAUCUGACUUUUUAAGAUUCUUACCCAAGUUAUUGCGUUUGCACAUAGGAAUCCGUCUUAUUUCUAGGGUUUUGUUUGUUGGAGGGGUAAACAUUGUUCCUCUUGCCCUGGUUAAACCAAGUAGCACAUCUGACUUAAUAUUAAUAUUAACACACACACACAUAGUGUCACAGUUAUAUUUAUCCUGUUUUUCACUUUUGUUUUUCACUUGGUGAAAAAGGUGUUAACCCCAUUUUCUUAAAAAAAAAAAAAAAAAAAAAAAAGCCAAAAUGCUUUGUACUAUUGUUCCUUACCAAGCAGGUGCUGUUUUAUGCUUGGUAAAACACGUUUUUUUUUCAACUUUGAGCUCCUUUUGCAUUGUAUGAAAACAUGAUUUAGCCAUGCACAAUCAUUUCACCCCUCUGAGAUUUUAAAGAAAUGGGAUUGUUUUACUAAAACAUCAAUGUUACACAAGCCUGAAAAAAAAACAAAAACUUUUCUCCAGUAGAGAUGCACCGAUCAGAGAUUUGUGGUCAAUUUCCUAUAUCUGACUUUCUACUUAUUGUAGACUUUUCCGAUUCCUCUUUAAGAGCUAUAUUUAUCUAGCUUUGCUGACAUGGGCGAUCAGUACUUGUAUUACAAGUGGCAAAUGCAACAUCAUGCUAUGUGAAGGAGACCAGUAGUUGUAAAACAGCGUUUUACUUUCUUACUAGCAUGUGAGCAACCACUCAUGCUAGUAAGAAUGUUGGAAUUAACUCUAAAAUUUCCUGAGAAAUCUAAUAUCUUGCAUGAACCAUAUGUUUUUUUUUACCAGUUUGACAAAACAUCCCAAAGUCAGGAGUGACUUGACUUCCUGAGUCAGAUUGCACUUUUUGUAUCUGAAAAAGUUGGUAUAAAACAAACAAGUACCAACAGGUGAAAGAGUGACAUAAUCAAAACCUCAAAGUCACGAUUUCCUGUAAUUAAAAGCAGUUUCCUGACUUCACUUUAAAACAUUUCACAAGGACUGAAACUUAGUCAUCUUCUCUCAUUAACAACUUCCACACCAAAGGUUGUGGAAGUUGUUAAUGACAACCUGGUAGCAUUUAGACGAUCCAUUCACUAAUUGUCUAUAUAAAAAUUGGAGUUUUGAGUUUGCAACCAGUCGAUCGACUGGUCACUUCACCAGCUGAAAAUCGGCCAAUUCCAUUCAGUUCCAUUCAGUUCCACUCAGUUCCAUUUAGUUCCAUUCGGUUCCAUUCAGUUCUAUUUAGUUUCAUUCAGUUCCAUUCGGUUCCAUUCAGUUCUAUUUAGUUUCAUUCAGUUCCAUUCGGUUCCAUUCAGUACCAUUCAGUUCCAUUCAGUUCCAUUCGCGGGCAGAUUUCUUGGUGCAUCUCCACGAUGAAAUCAGUUUGUUCCAAGCGGAUCAUUUCUCCCACACCUCAUUCCAUUCUGAAAGCGUCACGUUUUAGUGUCAUUUUACUGAAUCAGCCAAUGCACAGGGAGACAGCACUGCCUCGCUUUUACUUGAGACAGAUUAUUUACAGUGUAUUACCCGUUACAGUCGAGACAUGAACCUUUUUUUUGUUUGUUUUUUUACAUAGCAACAGACUAGUGUUAGAGGGACUGCCAUUUCUUGUUUGUAUUAGGGUUAUUUGUUGUUGUUUAUUCAAAUGACAGUAUUGUGAUUUUAAUGUUUACCCUCAGAAACACAAAUGAAUGAAAUGAUUAUAGAAAUACAUAUACAUUUUUAUACAGGAAGCAAUAAUCUAUUAGCAUUAUGAGCCUUCUUGAAUCUCAUUGGUUCCUCAUUGAGUCAGUAUUGAAAGUCAAUCUCUCUGAUUGGUCGAUGAGUUAAGGUCAUUGGGGGGUUUAGCAAACUGGACUUGUUUGUUUUGGGAACUUGUCUAAUUUACAUUCACCUUUUUUUAUUGUUUUUUUUUUUACCAGUUGGUUACUGAUGAUCAAGGCUUGACAGACAGAGCUCAUUGGUUUAGAGAAAGGAGCGGACUAAACCAGAGCCACGCCCCUCAACACCGGUUUGGUUGAGGAUAUGAUGACUAAAAUCAAUUGUGUCCCAACCUCUGCAGUUACUUUUGUCUCCAUUGCCAUUUAUCGAAAUCACUCUAAAAUUUAAAAUAAUACAGGUCAAAAAGGUUUGAAUUUGUACGCGUAGUUCUUUAUUUGUAGAAAAAACUUUUAUGAUGUGUCAAAGUGGUUUUAUUGGAAGAAAAACCUUAGCUAAGCUCUGAGUUACAGCGUGACUCUGGUUUAGUCUGCUUAGUUAAAAAAAUAUAAAUAAAUAAGAUCUUUUUGAUUCAUAAUUAAUAAACUGUAAUGUGCUAUCCUUUAUUUGGAUAAGUAUAGCUAAACUGAUGGUUUAAGAAAGCCAAAUGUAAUCAGAAAGGUGGCAGUGAGUGCAUGUAUGAAUGAAUGUGUGAGUGAUCAAAAAAUAAUGCAUAAAUGAGCAGUUUUUAUGGAAACCAAUAAACGUGGUGGAAACAAAAGACUUGAAUGAGUGAACAAAGUAUACAGAAUGAUGGUGUUUAUUGAAUUGUUUUUAUGAGUGGAGGUCUUUAUGAAACAUUGAAGCCUGCUUGUUCUGAUGAUUAAAUACUGUAAGAUGGA